GCAGCUUUUAAGCCGCGCGCGCUGCUCUAGGCGAGCAAGCGGUGCUCUAACCGACGCUGAGAGAGCUCGCAGCAAAGCUGUCACAGCGCAGAAGCAGCGACGUUCGCUCUCAGCCCGCGCCACCCUCCGGUUGGCGACCAGUCCUUCAAACCAAAAAGAGGCUAAGCAGCCAGAUGUACGUCGACAAGGGCGUCCUCGUCGCCAGCGCGAGCGCGCGCCGCCGCGUCGUCGUCGUCGGCAGCAGCGGCGGCUCGACGGUGCAAUUCCCGGCCCCGGUCGAGUUCCUCGAGGCCCUCUCGCAGCAGCUCGCGCGCAUCAGCCAGGGCGCCGCGGUCGUCGCGGCGCAGUUCGUCUGCUGCGAGGUGGCCUUGGACGACGCGACGCCGCGGUCUCCGGCAUCCUUGUGGAUUGUGGAUGCAUCUGUAAGUCCCGAGCCCAAGUGCGUCUUGCGGGCCGAGUUGGUAGCGGUGAACCGGCGCGCCAGAGAACUGGACGCGGCUCUCGCAAGAUCCGUACCAGGGUUCGACGCCGUCGUCGCGCUGUCCGCGGACGCGCGCGCCGGCGGCGCGAACGGCGACGUGCUACGGGCCGCGGGCGCCUCAGGUCUACCCGUCGCCGGCACGGGCGGCUCCGGUCUCAGUGUGGCGGCGCAGCAGUACGGCUGCCGGCUGUGUGGCAACGCGGGCGGUUCGGUCGCGACGUCGAACCGAACCAAGGCGAUCGGCAUCGCCGCGUCGCUGGCCGGAGCCUGGCACGAGCACUACACGCCCGCUACGUUUGAUGCCAAGACGGCUCCGCACCUGCGAACCGUGGUCAAUGAACUACUACCAGCUUUAGUAGGUGUCGCGGUCGUCCGCCGCUUCGUAUCCCUGGAUACCGGUCUGGCCGCUCCGGCGGUCGGCGCCUUCUCGGCCAUUCGCUACGCGGGCGGCGAUUUGGGUCCCGUCGCGGCGCUCGCGGGCGGCAUCCUGGGAGCGUUAUGUGCUGGAAGUCCAGCGGCCGCUUUACUCGCUUCCAUAGCGUACGCCUUCGCGGCGCCGCACGCGCUGGCGCUGUGCGCGCGGGGCCGGGCCCCGGCGACGGCGGCGAAUUUUGUGGUCGCCGGUGGGCUCCCCGUCGUGCUCGGCGGGUUGUGGUGGUUACUUUUAGUAGGUCCCGUGGCGUGGCUCACCUCAUUAGGGAGACGGAUCAUCCGGCGAUUACUGGGAAACGCGAUCUUAAAUGCGGCCGCCGCGGCCGGCGUGCAGUACGGCGCGCGGCGCGGCUGGUACCAUAUUUAUAUCUUACCGCUGAUCUGCCUUGAGCAUGAGCGCGGCGAGCUCGCUUGUCUCGGCGCUCUAGACGCUUUGGCACUCGUUUGUGUGGGUUGCGGCGCGUGCGCGGCGCAACUAGCCCAGCCGCGGCCGCGGCCCACGAAGCGCGAGGCCGACGCGGACCAGGCGCUGGCGCUGCGCGGGUUGCUGGUGGGCGGGUGCUGCGGAGAUUAUGUCGAGGCCUGCCACCCGUUCCUGGCGCGGGAUCCCAUUCUCGACGGCGCGACGUAUGCUGGAAGUGUGUUAGCUGCGUUAGUUUCCGCGGGCUCGGCGUCGUCGGCGUACCUGCCCGUGCCGCUUUCAUUUUUAGCGGCGGAGCGGCCGGGCCGCUUCCUAUUUGGGGUGUUUGUGGCGUUCGGCGUGCCCUUCGCCGCGGGCUGCGUGUCGAACAUGAAGGCGGCGCGCGAGAAUCCCGCUGGUGUUGUGCGGCGCGGGUCGGCGUCUGCGGCGGCGGGCGUCGCGGCGGGCGUGGAAUCGAAGACGCACUAGUUAGCUACACAUAUAAGUUACUCAACAACGUAGUCCGGAUUAAUGAGCGUGACUUCCUCGUCCUUGUGCAUUGGGUACAUGAGGAACAUCUGCUUGUACGCUAAUACUUUGUCCCGCUUGAGGAGCUUGAGCAUGGCGGCGAGGGUGUCGCCUGCGCGCGUCGGCGGCGUCAGUGCGGCGGCGGCGUGGCGGACGCGGUCCCAUUGCAGUGAUGCUUCUCGCCCUCCUCGACGAGCGCGUUGUACGAGCACUUCAGGUCGGGCUGUUGCUUCAUGAAUUCGAGGAUCCAUCGCUUGUGCGCCAGCGACGCGGCUUUGGCUUCGUCCGCCAUUCGUUGUUGGGCAGCUGUGUGAUCGCUACGCGCGGUGCAGCUUUGGCCGGUCUCUGUGGUUGAGCUGUAUGAGAGGCUAUGAGCCACAGUGAUGCAAUGCGCUGUCCUGAGAUGAUCGCUGGGCUGCAGGCGUCGAGUGCACAAGAGCUGCGCGCCGGAGACGGCUGAAAAUGCCUGCUGCGGGUUCG